AUGGAUCUGUCCACCGACACUGACAAGCCUGGGCGAGAGACGCAAGCCACUGCAGACUCGACGCUUGCGCGCCAUGACAUCGACGUCGCUAUCUCGCCAUCCUCCCACAGCAACCGUACGCUGACAGAAGGAGAAGAGGCAGCACGAGCGCUCGUCGAAAGCAAGGACGAGGCAGCCUCCAAAGACAGCGACAACAAGCAUGUCGUCACCGAAACACGCCCUACCGCCCCUGCGGUGCAAGAGGAGGAGCGACCGAAGCGCAGCAAGCUGAAGAUCAGCCUGAUCAUGUUUUCACUGGCCGUCGCCGUACUCCUCGUCGCACUGGACACCACCAUUGUCACGACUGCGCUGCCUACCAUCGCCGAAGAAUUCAAUUCUGCCUCUGGGUACACAUGGGUUGGUUCCGCGUAUCUGAUCGCCAACUCGGCUGCGACGCCCAUCUGGGGCAAGGUGUCGGACAUCUUUGGUCGCAAGCCUUGUCUGCUGAUCACGAAUGCCAUCUUCUUCGUCGGCUCACUGAUCGCUGCGUUAUCGGUCAACAUGAACAUGCUGAUCGGUGCUCGCGUCAUCCAGGGUAUGGGCGGUGGCGGACUGAUCGUACUGGUUAACAUUGCCAUUUCGGACCUCUUCGCCAUGCGCGAUCGCGGCGCGUACUUCGGUAUCAUUGGUGGUGUGUGGGCGCUGGCCAGCAGUCUGGGUCCCAUUGUGGGAGGACUGUUUACCCAGAAGGUCAACUGGCGUUGGAUCAUGUGGAUUAACCUACCAUUGGAUGGUCUAGCCUUCGUCAUCCUGAUCUUUUGUCUCGACAUUCACACUCCGAAAACGCCUCUUCGCAAGGGGCUGAAAGCCGUUGACUGGCUCGGUUCCUUGACUAUGGUAUCUGGAACCAUCAUGGUCCUGCUCGGCCUCGAGUAUGGCGGUAUUGCGCAUCCAUGGGCUUCAGCAAUUGUUCUCUGUCUGAUCAUCUUCGGUGUGCUCAUCAUUGCGCUGUUCUUCGUGGUUGAAUCGAGACUAGCGCCAUAUCCGCUUAUGCCCUUGAGCAUUUUCUCGAAACGUUCCAAUGUCGCUGCACUCGGUACCUGCUUCUGCCACGCCUUCGUUUUUAUCCCGGGCAACUAUUUCCUGCCUCUGUACUUCCAGGCUGUCCUUGGUGCUACACCCAUCCUUUCUGGUGUGUAUCUGCUGCCCACUGCCAUUGCCCUCUCCAUCUUUUCCAUCUGCACUGGUAUCACGAUUAGGAAGACUGGACAGUACCGUCCCAUCAUCUGGUUCGGCAUGUUCAUGAUGACUCUCGGUACUGGCCUGUUCAUCGAUCUCGGGGCGCACUCGUCAUGGGCAAAGAUCAUCAUCUACCAGGUCAUCGCCGGUAUUGGUGUUGGACCCAACUUCCAAGCUCCUCUCAUUGCGAUGCAAAGUCUCGUUCCUAAGCGCGACAUUGCAACCGCAACUGCGACAUUCGGCUUUGUCCGCAAUCUCGGCUCUGCCAUUUCCGUGGUUGUUGGCUCCGUCAUCUUUCAGAACGAAAUGAAGUCUCAACAACCCUCUCUUCGUGCCUCCCUUGGCGAACAGACUGCUGCCUCAUUUGGCGGUGGCGCCGCAGGCGCAAACGUCGGUCUGAUCAACUCACUCCCCGGCCCCCAAAAGGCCGUAGCUCGGGAAGCAUUCGCGCAGAGCUUGAGCAAAAUUUGGAUCCUCUACGCUGUAAUUGGUGCGGUCGGGUUGUUGAUAUCGCUGCUGAUCGGAGUGAAUAUGUUGGACAAGCAGCACGAGGAGACGAAGACGGGAUUGGAUGUCGAGAAGGAGAGACGGGCAGAGAGAGAGGCGGAGAAGGCAGAGAAGAAGCUCAAGAGGGCUAGCAAGGACCAGAGCAAGGCGAGCUUGCCGUUGGAUACUGAGAAGGGGGAUGUGACACCUGUCGCGGACGGUGAGAAGGAAGUCAGGGUUUGA